GAAACAAGGACCAACACUUUACUUACAUGUUGCAUUCAUAUUUUUGUUCAGUGUAUGUUCUUCAGAGAGAUCAGACCAGGUAAUAUUACCUUUUUUUUUGGUGUUGUGGUGGAAUUUCUACCCUUAAUCAAUAAUGAGGAGUGGAGUUAGCUUCUGGGUUAAAUACUAUCUCAGGAUAGGCGCAACUUCAGAUAUGACAUACAAUGGUUCCAAACACUAACCCCACACAUCUUGUGCCAGACCUUGGGCCCCAAAUACAAAUAACUUGUUUUGUUCAGUACUAAGAACUUGGGACAUUUGUUGUUACUUUGUUCUCUCCCCUAAUUCAAGUUGGAAACUAUCUCCCCCUUGGAGGUGACUGACACAGACACUGUGGAGACAAGUGAUUGGUUCCCCAUUACUCACACCAUCCCUUCACAUGGUAUGCAAUAAAGACAAACAGUUCACAUAUGGAAACAAUGUUUCCUUCUGACCUCCUUUGCCAUACUCCUUGCUGAUAUUCUGUAUAGCAACAGGGACGUGAUAGAUAAGGCAGACUUCUCCCUUCUCUGGACCCAAGGUGACUGAGGCCCAUGAGGGAGGAAGCGCAGCUGCCAACACCAGAGCCCGAAAGGAGAUAUUCUAAUAACAGUUUCAACAGUUCAAUCAUGUAAGCAUAUUCUGCAGAUAAGACAUCUUAAAUAUCUGUAUUACUUAGCUGAUUCUGAUUUCUCCACCACAAUCUUUCCCCAGAAACAGGUUCCAAAACAGAACAAUAGCUCUGUUACUGGUGUGCAGGAUAUAACCUUUAGUCUGUCCAGGAUCAAGAGGAACCAGUCAGUUUCUGUCAUAUUCUCGGUUGAGUGCCCAGACAUCAUGGGUUCAUUCUACACACACACAGAACAGUUAGAACAGGCCUAUAUCAAUGCGCGCAGACACCUUUCUAUGUUAUAUGAGUUACUUUUUAACAAUCUCAAGCCCAAUGUCUAGGCUUGAAGGAUAUCUUAGUACACAAGCAUUAUUAAGGUUUAACAGACAUUUCCCUCAGGGUCAAUAAACUAUAUCUUUGUUGUAAGUCACAGAAGUAAUUUGCCCUUAUCCCUGGGGCAAAGUAACUUUCCUGAAUUGACCUCGAAAAGGGCAGUGUGUAUUUUGGCAGGUGGUGUGGGAUGAAAAGUCAGUGUUUCUGUGUUGAGAAAAACACUUCUCCACGUUGUCACAAUCACACAGACAGCAAACUGCCCAAAAAGUCAUACACUGUGUGAGAAGAACCAGUGAGGUGUAGUAGCUAGCAUCUGUGGACCUAACUAUGUCUGAACUUGAUGUCUCCCUUGGUUACUUUCUUGCUGUUGUGGCGUUUGGUGCAGUCUUUAGAGUCCUUUUCAGAAAAUGGCCUUGUUUGAGCUUUGCAUUAGAGUUCACAACCUCAUUUGUGCUGGUGGCGUGCUUGCUGGAGGUGCAGACCAUUAUAGAGAUUGGUGAGUGGGCAGAGGGACUGGGAUCAGAUGUUACUCUGACACUACGGUUUGUGGUGCUGCUGACCCAUGGUGUGAUCUGUGCUGGAGCCACUGGAAACCCCUCCCUGACUCUGAUGAAUUUCCUGCUGCUGGAGACCCCUACUCUGCACACUCUGCUGGCUUUGGCUGCUCAGUUCCUGGGGGCACACCUGGCCCUGAUUGUAGCUGGCUACUACUGGGCAAUGGAGCUCAAUGACAUGCACAUAAUUAAGAACCUGCUAUUCAGGGAGUGCAGCACAGCCCUGCAUGUCUCCCUGGUGCAGGGGGUCUAUUGUGAGUGUGUGUGUGCAUUCAUCUUUUAUCUGAUAUACCUCAGCCUGAGAUGUCGCGCUGCGUUGGUUCGGGUGCCUUUCUUUGCAGCUGUGCUCACUCUUCUCUCCCAUGCAGCCAGUGGUUAUACCUCAGCUUUCCUGAACCCCUCCCUGGCCUAUGGCCUUACCUUCUACUGUCCUGGGUUUACCUUUACGGAGUACUCAGUGGUCUACUGCCUUGGGCCCAUUAUUGGAAUGACCCUGGCCCUUCUCCUGUACAUGGGUCACAUCCCCAGGAUUUUUGCAAAGAAUCUGCUGUAUUCCCAGAAGACCCACAUACAGGUGCCAAAGGGGGACGGAGAUGAAAAGAAAAAGUGAAAGAAAGACAUCAUCCACCUCAACUGAGGCAAUAUAGGACAUAUGAGUGCAUUAGGAACACACUACUCAAUUUCGUUCCUAUUGGGAGAAGAUAUUUCAUUAGGGACGCCAGGGUAGCCUAGUGGUUAGAGCAUUGGACUAGUAACCGAAAGGUUGCAAGUUCAAACCCCCGAGCUGACAAGGUACAAAUCUGUCGUUCUGCCCCUGAACAGGCAGUUAACCCACUGUUCCUAGGCCGUCAUUGAAAAUAAGAAUUUGUUCUUAACUGACUUGCCUAGUAAAAUAAAAAGGUAAAAUAAAAUGCACUGAGCAUUAUAUUCAACAGCCUAUUCUCUCCUUAAGUUACUGACAAAAAAGGUGUAGGCUGUAGAACAUCUGUACAUUUAUGAUAGUACAAGUUACAACUCAUAUCGCCUGUGUUCUUACAGAAGUAAUAAAUAUAUUAAAAAUAAAUGUUUAUGA